UCGAGUGAGUCGGUCGCGUAUUCGAGUCGCGGUUUUUGCUUGCGGUUUUUCGCGUGGAGAGAGCGAGAGAGAUUGAGAUCAUCGGAUAUCGUCCGUUCGUUUGAUGUCGUGAUUGAAUGUGCAUGGUUUAUUUCCUUAUUUCUGGUACGGGUGGUGUGAAAGUUGCGGUAUCUAUCUAGUGAGUGAUUGCGUGACACGGUCCUCUCGGUGCAGGAUUAUUUGUCAGCAUUCGGAAUAAAAGUUCAGUGAAACGCUCUGAAUAAUUACGCUGAGUCGAGUUUGUAAUUACGUAAGAAAGUGAGACGAAACGAUACCGGUGCGGUGUGCGCGGGAACGAGAGUGAACGAUCGAUCAAUUGCGAGCGAACGAAAGGGAUAGCAAUAGAAGGAGGACUACGGCGAAGCGAAAAUUUAUAAGUAGUGAAAAAUUUUCCUAGCAGGCCGUGGGGUGUUCUUUUUAUAAAAUUCGAUUGCCACCCCGUGAACGAGAAAAAUAAGGAAAUUUGGCCGCUGCCGUUUUCGGUGCAGUACCCCGAAAAAAUUAGUUACCAGAUUCCUGAGUAAGAGCGCUCUGUUGAGGCAAUUGCAGUUUUCGGAUCGAACGAAAAUUCGCUUCGUUCAGUGAAAUUCGGCCAACUAUGCUGAAGAACGCGGUAGCUCUGGUGACUGGUGGCGCCUCAGGCCUGGGCCGCGCCACAGUGGAACGAUUCGCCCGGACUGGAAGUAAGGUGGUGCUGGCCGAUUUGCCAACCUCCAAAGGUGGGGAGGUUGCCAAGGAGCUGGGCGACAAUGUGGUUUUCGUGCCAGUGGAUGUUCUUUCAGAGAAGGACGUCACCGGUGCUCUGGAGGUGGCCAAGAGCAAGUUUGGUCGGUUGGACGUUGCCGUCAACUGUGCCGGCAUAGCGGUUGCCGUCAAGACGUACAACUUUAACAAGAAAGCCGCCCACAAACUUGAGGACUUCCAGCGGGUACUGUUGGUCAACACGGCUGGAACCUUCAACGUCAUUCGCCUGUCUGCCGGCCUGAUGGGGGACAACGAACCGAACCAGGAUGGACAGCGAGGUGUUAUUGUCAACACGGCCUCGGUGGCCGCCUACGAUGGGCAGAUCGGUCAGGCUGCCUAUGCCGCCUCCAAGGCAGCUGUCGUCGGCAUGACCCUACCGAUUGCUCGGGAUUUGAGCACCCAGGGUAUCCGUAUCUGUACCAUUGCACCAGGGCUGUUCAAUACACCGAUGCUUCAGGCGCUGCCGGAAAAGGUGCGGGCUUUCCUGGCCAAAACUGUACCGUUCCCGCAGCGUCUAGGAGAUCCGGCCGAAUAUGCGCAGUUGGUGGAAUCGAUUGUCGAGAAUCCACUGCUCAACGGGGAGGUCAUUCGGUUGGACGGUGCGCUCAGAAUGAUGCCAUAAGUGCCUGCAUGGAAUUCGAGAGCGGGCUGCUCGAAACAGUCUCUCAGGGGAACCGGAUAAGACCGAUACAACGUGCAUUUAUUAGUAUGUAGAUAGUUACAGUAGCUAGUUGCAACUCCUUUCAAUUUCAGGUACCAGGUACCGUUAACCAAGUAAAAAAUCAUUUUGGAUUUCGACAUUAUCAUUACAGAUACAGUGCUUCCCGGGAAUUUGGCUAAGAAAUAAAGUUUUCCUAAUAGUAGUUUAGAA